UCUCACUGUCCGUCGCCUACCGUUAACAAAACCGGAAGUUAUGGUACACUGCUUCGCUGGAGCAGAACCCGUUUCCUUUCUAGAUAUUAUGCAGUUGAAUGAUAGUAGAGCACGCAGUCUUUGUUUGUGAAGUUUCUACAGAUUAAUUAAGGGCUCGUCACACUCAUGAUUGAGGCCUGGUAUUUAGACGAAUGUAAUGGAGAUCAGAGACUCCCACACAAGUGCGACCCGAACAAGCCGGUGUCUUUGGAGGAAUUAAAGCAGUUAGGAGUUUUACAUUGGAAGUUGGAUGCAGACAUUUAUGAGUCUGACCCAGUUCUGCAGAAGAUUCGUGAGGAAUGGCACUACACCUACAAUGACAUCAUAUCUAUUCACAAGGAUACGCUCCCAAAUUAUGAAGAAAAGCUGAAGAUGUUUUUUGAAGAACACCUCCAUCUUGAUGAUGAGAUCCGCUACAUUUUGGAUGGAAGAGCAUACUUUGACAUCAGAGACAAGGAGGAUAAGUGGAUCAGGAUUUCUAUGAACAAGGGAGCCAUGAUAACACUUCCAGCAGGGAUAUAUCACCGAUUCACGAUGGACGAAACUAACUACACAAAAGCCAUGAGGCUUUUCAAAGGGGAACCAGUGUGGAAAGCCUAUAACCGCCCUGCAGAUGAUUUUGAGGUCCGGGAAAAAUACUUGAACUCCAUCAAGAGUGCGUAAGAUGGAGAAAGGAUGCAUGGAGUGGUACAGGUACAAAAUUAUUGUUAUGGUUACUUACUCAGCUCUGAGCUUAACAUGGAGAUUAGCAGGGCUGCCAGUUUAGGCUGAUGAGGAUAUAGUUUAAGUUUCAGUGAUAUAUAGUAUAAUCUAUUCUUGUAGUAUGAUAACACUAUUCUUGUAACAUUUGUAAAUUUAUGAUUUGCCUUAUAAAAUUAUAUUACAAAUUUCCAAUCUCAUAAUUUUUACACAUAAAUACAAAUGUAAUUUUGUGACUGUUAAAUUUGCCAUAAGCAUCAAUUAUUCUUCUGCAAAUUAUAAAUUAAGACAAGUAGGUAUUGAAUAUCUUUUACAAUGACCAUUUCAUUUUGCUCCAGUAUAAUUGUUGCACUAGCAUGGAGGAACAGAUGAGUCCUACUGAAUCCUUCUAUGCCUGUAACCCUUUCCAAGAAUUUCACUGUGUGAAAAGGACAUUGGUGUCAAAAACAAUAAAAAUAAUAAAACAUUCUGUCCAAUAGAA